AUGCUGGCGUGGGGUAUUAUGUUUCUGAGCAUCCAGCUCUUAAAGAUCUCUUUCAAGAUCAACAAGUUGCACCUGUGUAAGCCUCUGAUCAGAGCCAUCGACAGCUCCAACCUGAAAAACGACUACAGUCAAGCUCUGAAGGUCACGUACAAAUACUAUGUGGGUCGGAAAGCAAUGUUUGACAGUAAUUUUAAACCACCGAAAAUGUUUCUGUCUUAUGCCUUCGACCAGUGUCAUCGAUCCAGUCAGAGGACCAAGAAGAUGAUUCUCAUCUGCUUGCUGCCUGUUCUGUUGUUUCAGGGUCACAUGCCGACUCAUCAGCUGCUGAGGAAAUACGACCUCAUGCAAUUUGACGACGUGACCAAAGCUGUGAGUGAGGGGAACCUGCUACUGCUGAACGAGGCUCUGUCCAAACACGAGACCUUCUUCAUCCGCUGUGGGAUCUUCCUCAUCCUGAUAAAGUAUCUGCUCCUGCUAACCCACCAACUGCCUUUGGACGCCUUUUUGGUGGCUCUGAGGAUGAUGCAGGUGGAGGACAUGGACGUUGAUGAAGUGCAGUACAUACUGGCCAACCUAAUCUACAUGGGUCACAUCAAAGGUUACAUCUCCCAUCAGUACCAGAAGUGCAUGGUCAGUAAACAGAAUCCAUUCCCACCUCUCUCCAUGGUCACCUAG